AUGACGGUUCCGGUUCACGAGUUAGAACCUAACGGAAAAGAACCGCGGUUCCGGUUCUCGACUUAGAACUGAAGCGAAACGAACCUCGGCUCCGGUUCCCGACUGGGAGGAGAACCGCGGUUCCGGUUCCCGACUUAGAGGAGAACCGCGGUUCUCGGUUCUCGGCUUAGAACCGGAGAACAAUUUUUCAGGCAGUUCAACAAAAUAAAUUCAUUUUAUUGUAACCCAAAGGAUUGUUUUAAAUAAUGGCAGGCAAAUAUAUCUUUUUUGCAGCUUUAUCAAUAGUGUGUUUUCAUUUUGUUAAAAGAAAGUCAAGACAGAAAGAUAAGGCAGAAGAGAAAAGAAUGAGUUAUUGGUUGUUUUGUAUUUCAUAAAGAAAUACAAAGGACGGGGGAGGAUAAGUGACUGACGAGCAUCCCAAUAAAACUCAAUGAAACUUACAUAUUCGGAAUCAGAGUAAAAUUUUGAGUAUUUUAGCCGUCUCAACUUUCCAAAAAUCGCAUUAUGAUCUUUAUCGAAAAAUUUAAGGGCAAAGGACCUUGGAACAUCGAAAAACGUUUUUCCUCUAAAAUUUUCGAAACACACCUUUUCUGACUCAGAAUUUUGUGCUGAUCACGAAUAUGAGAACUAAAGUUAGAAAAAGUAAACAUUUCGUGGAGCUGAAUGCCAAAAACUGAAGGUUGGUCAAGGUCAGUCCAAUUGAUAGUUUGCAAGUUUUCACCAAGAAAGAGUCAUUCAACAAACUUGAAACUAAACAGUUAUUGGUGAAAAUAGUUGGUCUAUCCAAAUAUGUAAACAAAAAUGCAGUGUGAGCGUAUUUUGAGCAAAAAUAUUACGAAAAAAAGGAAAAAUAGUCAAAAAUUAAUCAAUAAUUAGUGUUUUCAAGAACGUUUCACACCUUUUUCGAUUUUUAUUUUAGCACCAAUGAAUAGAGCGUGAAAAACUGCGUCUAGCAUGUAAGUUUCACAUUAGUUCAAGAUUUCGUUUGGAAUGCAGAGGCGACACAGUGAAGGAUUGUGGGCGAUUUUUGACUAUUUUUCCUUUUUUUCGU